AUGGCUUUCCGUUCAGAGGAGGAUUUAUGCUGCCCUGCCUGUCAUGACAUUUUUAAAGAUCCCGUCCUCCUCUUGUGUAGCCACAGUUUCUGUAAAGCCUGUCUGCAGAGCUGGUGGAAAGAGAAGCAAAUCAAAGAGUGCCUGGUUUGUCGGACAGUGUGCGAGUGGAGUGAUCCACCUUGUAACCGGGCACUGAAGAACCUCUGUGAGGGAUUUUUGCAGAGUCAGAGAGCUUCAUCGGGGCCUGACAGUCUCUGCAGUUUGCACUCUGAAAAGCUCAAACUCUUCUGUCUGGACCAUGAGCAGCCCGUGUGUAUCAUCUGUCGGGAUGCAAAAAUCCACGCCGACCAUCAGUUCAGACCCAUUGAUGAAGUUGCACAGGAACACAGAGAGGAGCUUCACACGUUCCUGAACCCUCUGCAGCACAAGCUGAAGCUUUUUAAUGAAGUUAAAGUGAACUUACAUCAAACAGCGGAGCACAUUAAAGUGCAGGCUCUGCAGAUAGAAAGGAGGCUUAAGGAGCAGUUUAAGAAGCUUCACCAGUUCCUAGAGGAGGAAGAGGAGGAACGGAUGUUAGCUCUGCGGGAGGAAGAGGCGCAGAAGAGCCAAGUGAUGAAGGAGAAGAUGGAGGCUCUGUGCAGGGAGAUGGCGGCUCUUUCAGACACAGUCAGAGCCACAGAGGAGCACCUCAGAGCUGGAGAUCCAUCCUUCCUGAGGACCUACAAGGCUGUGGUGGAAAGAGUCCAGCAGCACCCCCAGCUGGAUGAUCCACAGCUGGGCUCAGGAGCAUUGAUAGAUGUGGCCAAACACCUGGGCAACCUGACCUUCAACAUCUGGAAUAAGAUGACAGACAUGGUCUCCUACAGUCCUGUGAUUCUGGAUCCAAAUUCAGCCAAUCCAGAGCUCAUUCUGUCUGAAGAUCUGACUGGCGUGAGGCACGGAAAGAGAAGGCUCCUUCCAGAAAACCCAGAGAGGUUUGAAUUCUGGGAUUCUGUCCUGGGCUCUGAGGGCUUUAACUCGGGAACUCACAGCUGGGACGUGGAGGUUGGAGACAACAAGGACUGGGAGGUUGGGGUGAUAGCAGAGUCUAUGUGCAGGAGAGAAUUUGUGGGCUCCACAGUGUGGAGCGUAGAAUGCAGCCAUGCCGGAUACAGAGCGUACUCCCCAACCAACAAAUACAUCGCUCUCUCCAUCACAGAGAAGGUCAAGAAGGUCAGAGUUCAUCUGGACUGGGACGAAGGGAAGCUGUCUUUUUUGGAGCCUGAUACAAACACACACAUGCACACUUUCACACACACAUUCACUGAAAAACUGUGCCCCUAUCUUUGCACCAGGAACCCACAGCUUCUGAAAAUAGUGCCUGUAAAAGUGUGUGUGAGAAAGCUGACAGAUCAGGAGGAGUGA